CUUCUCUUCAGCACAAGAGAAACCGUCAUGGCUUUAUUUCAGCUUUUCUUCAUCUCGAUCUUAAGUUCCUGCGUGGCACAGGAUGAGGAUAUCAUGACUCCCGUGGUGAACAUCUACUCUGAGCUCAAGGAGCUUAAAGCUACAGUUGACGUGCUGACAGUGGAUCUGAACACUGCUAAAAAUGAACUCGCAGAGCAGAAAAGUUUGAUUCAGGAUCUGCAGAAACAGAUUAAAGAGAGUCCUAAAGUGGCAUUCACUGCAUCCAUGUCAAGUACAGAGGAUACACACCGAGGGCCUUUCAGUUCAGAGACCAAGCUCAUCUUUGAUAAAGUCCUGACCAACAUUGGCAAUGCAUAUGACCCUGUCACAGGAGUGUUUAAAGCACCUGUUAAAGGUGUGUAUUACUUCAGGUACUCAGGCUCCGCGUUUUCCUCCCAUGAUAUGGGUCUGAGCAUCUUUAAAGGCACGGCACGAUUCGUGUCGUCAUAUGAAUAUAAUUCUGGUGAGCGCAACGACCAAAUGUCGAAUGGAGCCGUGAUGGAGCUGGAUGUUGGCGAGGAGGUUCACAUGAGGCUGUGGGUCAGAACCUGGAUCUUUGUGGAUCCACGGUACAACUAUUCCACUUUCACAGGAUACCUGCUUUACCCACUCGACUCUACUUCAGUAUAGUUUGCAAGUGUGAAUCAUUUCAUAAAAUGUCAAAAAGAACUGUUUAAAUGUCCUGAAAACAUAGAUUAUGUUUCUUUGUUGCGUUAAUCAUGCAUCCAUGUAAUUAAAGGUCACUGUUUCAGAUAUACAGACAAAAACAAGAGUCCUACUUUACUCUUCUGUGGAACAUACAUUUUCAUUCAGACACAUUACAUUGAUGUCCAAAUGGGGACUUAUCAUAGACUUUUUUAUUGUUAUUUUCAAUUGUGUAUGUUACUAGAUGGCAAACUUAACGAUGGUAACCUAACAAAUGUGAUGUCAAAGAACAGUUAUGUAAAUCCAUGCACAUAAAACACUAGUUACAUAUUUUGUGUUAAAUAAAAAAACUAAGCUUG